AUGGAGGAGAGCGCCUCCUUUCUGGUCCCAGCAGCUCAGCAGAAUCCUGACAGUCUUCGUUACAAGUACAACUUCAUCGCAGACGUGGUGGAGAAGAUCGCACCUGCUGUCGUUCAUAUUGAACUGUACCGCAAGAUGAUAUUCUCAAAGCGAGAGGUGGCGGUUGCCAGUGGCUCUGGGUUUGUUGUGUCAGAGGACGGACUCAUUGUCACCAACGCUCACGUGGUCGCCAACAAGCACAGAGUAAAGGUGGAGCUGAAGAGUGGAGCCACAUUCGACGCCAAGAUCAAGGAUGUGGACGAGAAGGCCGACAUCGCUCUGAUCAAGAUUGAUGCACCGAUGAAGCUGCCGGUGCUGCUCCUUGGCCGGUCGGCGGACCUUCGUCCUGGCGAGUUUGUGGUCGCCAUCGGCAGCCCGUUCUCCCUGCAGAACACUGUCACCACCGGCAUCGUCAGCACCACCCAGAGGGGAGGCAAAGAGCUGGGCCUCCGCAACUCUGACAUGGACUACAUCCAGACCGACGCCAUCAUCAACUACGGCAACUCAGGAGGACCACUGGUCAAUCUGGAUGGAGAGGUGAUCGGCAUCAACACUCUGAAGGUCACAGCAGGAAUCUCCUUCGCCAUCCCCUCGGACAAAAUCAGACAGUUCCUGGCAGAGUCACAUGACAGACAGGCCAAAGGUAAAACAUUACAGAAGAAGAAAUACAUCGGCGUCAGAAUGAUGAGUCUCACUCCAACGCUGGCCAAGGAGCUGAAGGAGCGGCAUUCAGACUUCCCAGAUGUCACCUCAGGGGCGUACGUCAUUGAGGUCAUCAGCCGGACUCCAGCUGAGGCCGCUGGCCUGAAGGAGGGAGAUGUCAUCAUCACCAUCAAUGGCGAGCGAAUCACCUCGGCCAGCGACGUCAGCGGCGCCAUCAAGCAGGACGAGACGCUGCGAACGGUGGUGAGGCGAGGCAACGAGGACGUCAUGCUCACCAUCGUCCCCGAGGAGAUCGAGCCUUGACGUCGCAGCUAGAAUGAGCAAACAAUCAAUAACCCAACCCUUCAACCAAUCCCGAGCUGGCUCUCAGUGUUUUUCAACCAAUCAUGAACACUUUGAAAAACCAAGCAACCAACAGAGGGGUGUGUGUGUGUGUGUGUGUGUGUGUGUCUGGGGCCACACCUACUGCGUUUAAGAACUUGUAAUUAUGAGCACUACUACUCUUCCAUGCUGUUAGGCUCGCACACACCUUCAAAGCUCCGACUUCAUGACUCUGGGAUCUGAAGCUUCCGCCCUGUCGUCAUGCUUCUCAUGUUGGUUCCAUUUUUCGUCUAAUCCCAAUUUACUUUCCGUCAUCACUGACCUUUUAUAUUCUACUAACGCCAUCUGUCGCUACCAAGAGGUUACUGCAGGUUACCGUAGUUCUGUUUUGUUGUGUUAUGUUCUUGAUGGAAUAUUUUUUAUUGUAUUUUUGUCUCUUUGUGUUUGAUGACAAUUUUUCAAAAAAGGGAAUAAAAUUAUUUUCAAAA